AAAUUUUAAUUUAUUGGUGGUGUGUUGGUGAGACAGCAAGCGUUUGAGCUAUAGUUUGUGAAAAUCCAAAUAAUACUUAAAAAAAACUUAAAUAAAUUUACUUUUAUAUAUAUUUUAUUGUAAACUUUAAAUAAUGUCUAAGGAGGACGAAAAACUUGACUCGAUGGAAGUUACAGAAGAGAAUUCGAAUGAGUCUGUUUCUGAGGAAACUACAUCUUCGGGAGAGAAGGAAGUUGAAUUUAACAGUAAAAUUGAAACCGAUCGUGGUAAACGAUUUGAUUUCUUGUUGAAACAAACUGAAAUCUUUACGCACUUUAUGACUAAUAGUACAAAAAGUCCCACUAAACCUAAAGGACGACCGAAGAAAAACAAAGAUAAAGACAAGGAUAAAGAUAAGGAUGGAAAUGCAGAUCAUCGGCAUCGCAAAACUGAGCAAGAAGAAGAUGAAGAAUUGCUUGCUGAAGACACACAAUCUAAAGAAAUUUUUCGGUUCGAAAGCUCUCCAAAUUAUAUUAAAAACGGCGAAUUACGAGAUUAUCAAGUUCGUGGUCUGAAUUGGAUGAUUUCUUUAUAUGAAAAUGGUAUUAACGGCAUACUGGCUGAUGAAAUGGGUUUGGGCAAGACCCUACAAACAAUUUCUCUUUUGGGUUAUUUGAAGCAUUUCAAAAAUCAAGGCGGUCCACAUAUUGUGGUUGUGCCUAAAUCAACGUUGCAAAAUUGGGUAAAUGAGUUUAAAAAAUGGUGUCCAUCACUACGUGCUGUUUGUCUUAUUGGUGAUCAGGAUGCACGUAAUACAUUUAUUCGUGAUGUACUCUUGCCAGGUGAUUGGGACGUAUGCGUUACUUCGUAUGAAAUGUGUAUUCGAGAAAAAUCUGUUUUUAAAAAGUUUAACUGGCGAUAUAUGGUUAUUGAUGAAGCUCAUCGUAUUAAAAAUGAAAAGUCCAAAUUGUCCGAAAUUUUACGAGAGUUUAAAACAGCUAAUCGAUUACUCAUCACGGGUACACCAUUGCAAAAUAACUUACACGAGUUAUGGGCAUUGCUAAACUUUCUACUACCCGAUGUGUUCAAUUCAUCUGAAGAUUUUGAUGAAUGGUUUAACACAAAUACCUGUCUGGGUGAUGAUGCACUUAUACAGCGUUUACAUGCUGUUUUGAAACCAUUUUUGUUACGACGUUUAAAGUCGGAGGUAGAAAAGCGACUGAAACCUAAAAAGGAAAUUAAAAUUUUUGUAGGAUUAUCGAAGAUGCAGCGUGAGUGGUACACAAAACUUUUAUUGAAAGACAUUGACAUUGUUAACGGCGCUGGUAAGGUUGAAAAAAUGCGUUUACAAAACAUUUUGAUGCAGUUGCGUAAAUGUACAAAUCACCCAUAUCUGUUCGAUGGUGCUGAACCGGGCCCACCAUAUACCACAGAUACUCAUUUAGUUUUUAAUUCCGGUAAAAUGGUUAUUCUGGAUAAAUUAUUACCAAAACUUCAAGCUCAAGGUUCCAGAGUGCUGAUUUUUUCACAAAUGACACGUAUGCUGGACAUUUUAGAAGAUUAUUGUUUGUGGCAUAAUUAUCAAUAUUGUCGACUUGAUGGUAAAACUCCACAUGAAGAUCGAAAUAGACAAAUUCAAGAAUAUAAUAUGGACAACAGUGUCAAAUUCAUUUUCAUGUUGUCUACACGUGCUGGUGGUUUGGGUAUUAAUUUAGCUACUGCCGAUGUUGUUAUAAUUUAUGACUCUGAUUGGAAUCCUCAAAUGGAUUUGCAAGCUAUGGAUCGCGCACAUCGUAUUGGCCAAAAGAAGCAAGUACGUGUGUUUAGGUUCAUAACAGAAAACACGGUGGAAGAAAAAAUUGUUGAACGUGCUGAAGUUAAAUUGCGUCUAGACAAAAUGGUAAUACAGCAGGGUCGUUUAGUUGACAAUCGCACAAAUCAACUAAAUAAAGAUGAAAUGUUAAAUAUUAUACGUUUCGGUGCAAAUCAUGUCUUUGCUUCGAAAGAUUCUGAAUUGACAGACGAAGACAUAGAUACAAUAUUAGAGCGUGGUGAAGCUAAAACAGCAGAAGAAAAAGCAAAAUUAGAUCAGUUGGGAGAGAGUUCAUUACGUACAUUUACGGUUGAUACUAAUGGUGAAGGUGCUAGCACUUCAGUAUACCAAUUUGAAGGCGAAGAUUAUCGUGAAAAACAAAAACUGAAUGCUUUGGGUGAUUGGAUUGAGCCACCAAAACGUGAACGCAAAGCCAAUUAUGCUGUGGAUGCUUACUUCCGAGAAGCAUUGCGAGUAUCUGAACCAAAAGCGCCAAAAGCACCACGUCCACCGAAACAACCUAUAGUGCAAGAUUUUCAAUUCUUCCCACCGCGCUUGUUUGAGUUACUUGAUCAAGAAAUUUACUAUUUUCGUAAAACGGUUGGGUAUAAAGUGCCAAAAAAUCCCGAACUUGGCUCUGAAGCAUCUAAAGUACAACGUGAAGAACAACGUAAAAUUGAUGAGGCCGAACCGUUGAGUGAGGAAGAAAUUGUUGAAAAAGAAUCCUUAUUAACUCAGGGUUUUACUACAUGGACAAAACGUGAUUUUAAUCAGUUUAUUAAAGCUAAUGAAAAAUAUGGUCGAGAUGAUAUAGAAAAUAUUUCAAAAGAUGUUGAAGGAAAGACGCCUGAAGAGGUUAUAGAAUAUAAUGCUGUAUUUUGGGAGCGAUGCCAUGAGCUGCAAGAUAUUGAGCGUAUCAUGGGACAAAUUGAACGCGGUGAAGCUAAAAUUCAAAGACGCUUGUCUAUUAAAAAGGCUUUAGAUCAAAAGAUGUGUCGCUAUCGCGCCCCUUUCCAUCAGUUACGUUUACAAUAUGGAAACAAUAAAGGAAAAAACUAUACCGAAAAUGAAGACCGCUAUUUGGUUUGUAUGUUGCAUAAAUUGGGUUUUGAUAAAGAAAAUGUCUAUGAGGAAUUACGUGCUGGAAUUCGUUGCUCUGCGCAGUUUCGAUUUGAUUGGUUUAUAAAAUCACGUACAGCAUUGGAGUUGCAGCGUCGCUGCAAUACUCUUAUCACUUUAAUUGAGCGUGAAAAUCUUGAACUUGAAGAAAAAGAACGUCAAGAGAAAAAGAAGAAGACUGCUAAAAAUUCGGGCACACCAACGAAUACUCCGCAAUCUAAAACUAAUCAAAAACGUAAAACUGAAAUGAUGCUUGUGGAUAAAAAUGCAAAACGAAAGAAAAAAUAAAUUAUACACUAAUUUAUGGUCCACAACUAAAUUAUUUUUUCAUAUGUUUUAAUAUUAGUAAUCUUUUACAAUGUUGCAUUUUUCCUAGUAAUUACAGCCAUUCAAAUAUAUAAACUUAAGAUAGAAUUGUGCGGUAUGUUAAAAAAAUUACAUUAUAAAGUGAUAAUUUUAUAAUAACACACUGGAAACUGGAGUUUCUGAUCAUAAUUACACAAUGGAAUUUUUUAACAUCUUAAGUGGAUACAUUUUUAUAUUAA